AUGGUGCUUCAAAGCGAUAUCUCUCCCCGAAUCCGGCCCGGCAGACUAGUACUGUCCAUUCGUAAUCAGAUCUUCCAGAGGAUCCAUGAGUCAUGGAAUCUUCACCCACGCACGAUCGAGAUCUUCUUGUCCAACAAUGGGGCCCUGAGCACAUUCUAUUCCUCCGGACGAACCCUCCUUGUUAUGAAAGUAGCCAAUUCGUGCACAACAGGCUUCGACUGCGUAUCCGUGAGCCGUGCCCCUUCUCGUCGCACCACAUCCGUCCUAUACCACCACCUCUUCGAUGAAGAUGCCGUCUUCACCACCCUUCUCUCCACGCCAGAACGAUGCAUAAACUUCCAUUUUUUCAUCGCUGCCCUCUAUCGGUCGCACCAUCAACACAUCGAGAUUUACCGUAACACCAUUGAUGAUAAAAUAGCGGAGCGAGCGACAAACGGGCUUUGGAAAACCCCGGGAGGCUGGAUCAAGGGCGUCGUCCUAGGAAGGACGAGUAUCCCGCCCUUGAUGAUCCAGAAAGAACUAUUCAACAGCUGGUAUACUGGCAAACUGGUCUGGCAAUCUUUGGGUACGUUGGGCGAUGUUGUUUAG